AUGGGACGUUCUUCUUCCGGUGGAGGAAGAGGACGUGUGACUCCUCAGAAAGUCAAGAGCAAUCCAAGUUCAACAGUUGUGAAACAUCUAUUUUCAACAAAAGAUGAGAAGGAUGGAAAGGCAAGAUCAUCGUACAAAGAUGCCGAAGAAAGAGUGAUUGACUACAUCCAAGCUUCUGGAAUGAAAUGCUACGAAGACAUGUUGAAAUCAAUUCAAGAUGGAAAGUCAAUCGACUUCAAUGCAAUCGCUCCAACAUUGAAUGCUCCAACUCAAACUGAAGCUGUUGCAAGAGAAACAGAGAUGGCCCAAAACAAGAUCCUCUAUUCUGCAAAGCUCGACGAGAACAUGCGAAGAUCAGCCUACUUCGAAACGAAUAAGCGAACUGUGAAAUCAAAUAUCAUGCUUAAGUUUGUGACAAAGGCGAUGGAUAUCAAGCUUUGA